UCAUAUGUGAUUAAGAUAUAUAUAGAGAGAGACAAGGCCAGCAAGAAUAUUUAGUUUACACACACACAAAAAAAAAGAUUCAAAGAAUCAUCAUCUAGUAACAAAAAAAAAGAGUGACAAGAAAAAUGAGCAGAAUGAGCAAUACAGUGUUAGGGUUCUUAAACAUCCUAACACUAAUUUCCUCCAUAGUUCUAUUAGGAUCAGCUCUAUGGAUGGGUAGGAGCAAGACAACAUGCGAGCAUUUUCUUCAGAAGCCACUCUUGAUAUUAGGCCUAGCUAUCUUGGUCUUAUCAAUAGCUGGUCUGGUCGGUGCAUGUUGUGACGUGGCUUGGGUUUUGUGGGUGUACCUCUUCUUCAUGGUCUUCAUCAUAGUCGCGCUCAUGGGUUUGACCCUGUUUGGAUUUAUAGUGACUAGCCAUGGUGGUGGUGUGGGUGUGGAUGGUAGGAUUUAUAAAGAGUUUAAGCUUGAAUCAUAUCACCCUUGGCUUAAGACUAGGGUGAUAGAUACUAACUAUUGGGUUACUAUAAAGACUUGUCUCUUAGGCUCAGUCACUUGUACCAAGCUCGCUCUUUGGACUCCUCUUGAUUAUCUCCAAAAGGACUUAUCUCCUCUUCAGUCUGGAUGCUGCAAACCACCAACGUCGUGCGUUUACAACACGGACACGCCGAUACAACAAGACCCGGAUUGUUAUAAAUGGAACAACGCCCCGACGGUGCUCUGCUAUGACUGUGACUCGUGCAGAGCUGGCGUGUUAGAGACCGUACGACGCGAUUGGCACAAACUCUCACUAGUGAACGUCAUUGUUGUUGUUUUUCUCAUCGCUGUUUACUGCAUUGGCUGCUGCGCGUUCAAAAACGCCAGGCGCCCUCAACAUUACGGCUUCCCUUACGGACGUUACGGCAUGUCGAAAUCACGACCCGGAUGGGAACAGUCUUGGUCGAGAUGGUGGCAUGGAAGAGACCGGUAUUAGUGGAUAAUAUUAAUGUAAUGGUUUUCGAAUUUUGCGGUUUAGCUCUUGGCCUCUAAUUAAUCUAUAAAUAUUAUUUUUGUAUAGAGCCUAUAGUUUUGAUAAUGAAAUUGCUAUCUUUUUUUGGUUGUUGUUGAAGAGAGGAAAUUGAAAUAAGAUUUAAAUCAUUUAUUUUA